AUGUUUGGUCGGUUUGCCAUACAGAGACUCUGUUCAAGAGUGUAUACACCCAUUUUACGGAGAUCGAUCAUGUCUGUAGCAGCUGCCGCACCCGUUACAUCGCCCAAGAUCUUCAAACCAAUUGUCUGGGUUGACUGUGAGAUGACCGGGCUUGACCACAAUAAGGAUCACAUCAUUGAGGUAUGUUGCAUUAUUACUGACGGUCACCUGAAUAUAGUGGACAAAGAAGGGGACAAUUGCUACGAGAGUGUUGUCCAUUACGAUAAAAGUGUCAUGGAUUCUAUGAACCAGUGGUGUGUUGAACAUCAUGGUGACAGCGGUCUUACGAAACAGGUGCUAGAGAGUACGAAGACAAGGGAACAAGUAGAGAGCGAGCUGCUGGAUUACAUCAAGCAAUUCAUUCCAGAGGGGAAUAUUGGUGUACUGGGUGGGAACUCCGUACACAUGGAUAGAUUAUUCAUGUUAAGAGAGUUCCCCAAAGUGAUAGACCAUUUGUUUUAUAGAAACAUUGACGUGAGCACUAUUAUGGAAGUCUCCAGAAGGCACAACCCUGAACUUGCCAACGUUUUCCCGAAAAAGGAGACGGCACAUACCGCCAAAAAGGAUAUUUUGGAGAGUAUUGCUCAACUCAAAUGGUACCAAGACCACUAUCUCAAAAAUAAAAAUGAAACAAAGCAGUUUGUAGCAAAACGUGCCCGCGAAAUAGAGGGAGAAAGUAAUAAGAAUGAUUUGAGCUCAAUUAUCAAGAGAGAAAUCCUAAAGGAUUACAAACAGGAAAUUUCCAAACGUGAGUUAUCGGAUAAACAAGAUGAUGACCUGCCAGAAAAGAAAAGGAAGCAGUGA